GCAUCAAGCACUCCAACAUCUCCCUCUCCAACAGACCCCAUCACUUCUCCAACUCCCUCAGAGAGGACCACCUCAUCCUCAACUCCCUCAGGAAGGACCACCUCAUCCUCAACUCCCUCGGAGAGGACCACCUCAUCCUCAACUCCCUCGGAGAGGACCACCUCAUCCCCAACUCCCUCAGAAAGGACAACCUCAUCCUCAACUCCCUCGGAGAGGACAACCUCAUCCUCAACUCCCUCGGAGAGGACCACCUCAUCCUCAACUCCCUCGGAGAGGACCACCUCAUCCCCAACUCCAUCACAAAGGACCACCUCAUCCCCAACUCCAUCACAAAGGACCACCUCAUCCUCAACUCCCUCAGGAAGGACCACCUCAUCCUCAACUGCCUCGGAAAGAACCAUGUCAUCUUCACCCUCCGAGAUCUUCACAAGUUCACACCCAACAUCAGUCAUUGUACCAUCAUUGACCACGUCUCCUGUGUCAUCAAUAUACCAAGUGCAUUUCUUCAGGACUUUGAUGUCAUUCAGUUCCGUGAACCUCGGAUCGGACAAUAUCUGGAAUGUUACAGAAAGUUGGCUAAAGUCAACCUUCAACACUGAAGACCUUCAGCUGCUGGAUGUGAUAACCUUAGAGACUGAACACAGGUACGAAUGUGUAUUCAGACUACAGGCCAUCUCAACAAUCACUGCCAAACAAAUAACACAGGAGAUAAAGGAAAGAUUGACAAACACAAAUUACACCAAGUCCACACUGGUCCUGGCAGUAGAUCCCAGCAGUAUCUUUGUCUACAGCUUUGAGCCAGGUUUCUGUCAGAGAGAGUCCGUCCAGACUGAGGUGGGCGAAUAUACGUGGCCUUUAACCAGACCAGUGAAAACUGUGCAGUUAAACUGUGUCGGGAAAGCACAGAGAUACGCCGUGAGAGAUUGUAAACUGACCGAUGACACUGACCAAGCAGCAUGGUCAGAAGCCGAUCUGGAGCAGUGCAGCAUUUGGCCAACCUUCCCAGACAGUAUCCUGGGAAUGGAGAAUGUUCCAGUAACAACAGAGAAUGCUGAAGAGAUAGCGAGACACAUGCUGAUCCUGACCAGUCAAACGCUGAGCCUGUCACCGAGAGACCUGGAGAUUGUAGUCGCCAAGAUGUCAGCCAUUGUGGAAAUGGCUACCAUCUACCAGCCCUUGGCCAAGGAUGUGGUUGGAAUUAUCAACAACAUCUUGAACCAAACCGAUGACCUGACCGGAUUCUCUGUGAGGAUUUUACAGAUAAUGGAAACCGUGGGAAAUAACCUGGAGUUCAUGGGCACUGAAGUGAACAUCACCACGGAUAACGUCUCUAUGGCUGUAGUCAACAUCGACUUCAUCCACUUCUGGGGCAUCGCCUUUGGAGUGCUGUCCUAUAUCGAUGGGUUUAUCCAACAGAUCUAUAGGAAUAAUACAUCCCUGGAAAAUCCUGUGGCUUUCAUUGAAUUGCCUCCAGUUUUAAGCAAAUGGUCAGCAGGGAAACAGGCUCUGAAAUCCCGGAUACUAUUCCAGUUUUAUGGAGAAACGUCCCUCUUUGAGGACAGGGCCCUGACUCAGCAGAAACUGAACAGUUACGUGGUGUCCAGCAGCAUUGAAGGCAAAAACGUGAAAAACCUCAGUGAACCCGUUAAAGUGACCUUGAAGCACCUAACACCAAAACAGGAUGGUGAUCAGGUUAGCUGCGUCUUCUGGGACUUUAAGCAAAACCAUGGAGCUGGUGGCUGGAGUUCCUCUGGUUGUGAGGUUGUCAUCAGUAACUCUGAAUACACGACAUGUUACUGUAACCACCUCACACACUUUGGCGUUUUAUUGGUAAGAAUUGGGCAGGUUCCUGCCCUGUUUAGAAUUAAAACGUCUCUGUGGGAACGGAGUGUACGUGUUUGGAGUAGCCCUGUCCACUGGAAUGUGCGACGUGACUAUCCCUCGAAGAUUCUGAUGAACCUGUGCAUGUCCUUGUUCAUGCUGAACAUUAUCUUCCUGACCAAUUCAUGGGUGGCCUCAUUUGGCAUCUCAGGUCUCUGUAUCACUGUGGCUGCAUUACUGCACUAUUUCCUGCUGAGUUCUUUUACUUGGAUGGGUAUCGAGGCAGUACACAUGUACUUUGCACUGGUGAAAGUGUUCAAUAUCUACAUCCGCCAUUACAUGCUGAAGUUCUGCGUGAUUGGAUGGGGAGUCCCAGCAGCUGUGGUGGGAAUACUGCUCUCCAUCAAUAUUAACCUUUACGGCUAUGAAACAAAGUUGAAAGCUGCCAAUCCAGCAGAGCUGUUCUGCUGGUUCAGAAAUGAUAUCGCUUUCUACCUGUCAGUGGUGGCUUAUUUCGGGCUGGUGUUCCUCAUUAACCUGGCCAUGUUUAUCGUGGUGCUCCAUCAGAUCCAGGUGAUGAAGGUGCAGAGGCCCGGUAACAGUACAUCACACCGCAGUCUGCAACGCCUGAAGGGCUCUGUCAGCCUGACUGUCCUGCUCGGACUCACCUGGGGUUUUGCGUUUUUCGCCUGGGGACCCACACAAGAGACCUUCAUGUAUUUCUUCACUAUCUUCAACACUCUGCAAGGAUUCUUCAUCUUUGUGUUUCACUGUUUGCUGAAGGAUAAUGUCUGUUCCCAGUGGAGGGUCCACCUGUGCUGCGGCAGGUUUCAACUCAGCGAGUAUUCUGAGUGGAGCAGGACUGCCACAAGUGGAAACCUGAGGGGUGUAAUGAAAAGCUUCAACACUCAUUCCAAAACAUCCUUCAACUCAAAUUCAACAACAGCAUCUUCAAAUGGAUCACGAAAGAAUUUAAUUCUUUCUCCAAACUUUGGGAACGGUAAUUCAAGUUUUUAA